AUGCAAGUUAGUGAAAUCAGUGUGUGUUACAUUUGGGGUACAUCUAUCAACUUUAUGAACCAAUCUGAGAAUCUUAAAGAACGUGUACGCGCUCUGCAGCAAGAGCUUGAAAGAAAACGUAUUCUUCUACAGAAAGCUGAGAAGAAACUUAAUUCUACAAGUACAUGUUAUAGAAGUAUAUUUUCACCGGUAACAGAAGAAAGAUUCUCUGAUGUGAACGUUCCAGAGUAUCUUGAUCUCAGCUAUGUUGAACUACUGAAGUCUAAAGAUUCGCUAGUGCAGAGCAUUUUAAUUCAACCUAAUGAUGAGGAGUGCUGUAAACGCAUAAUAUCUUGUGUUUUGGGAUCUUGCGUUCCGUUGUCGGAUUUUUUGUUGAUUACCUUGUAUGACUCUGAUCGUACACUUAGCUUGUAUGCACUUUCAUUUUGUGAUAGUGAUUCACAGUUAUUAUGGGAAAAGAAAAUAUAUGUAGCCGACUUAAUAUGCUUAGAGACGAUUGUACUUUCAACUAAUCCCAUUGAUGAAAAUGUGAACGUAGGUGUCUUAUUGAUUGAGAAAUAUUCAGCUAAAACUCUUCCUGUUCUUGUUGCAUCCUUGUUCAUUUUUUCAAUCCCACUCGCUUUGAACUUUCAAAUCGAUAACAAUUUAUAUCAGUCGUGCCUAAUGGAUGUACAAAUGUUUCCUAUGAUAAGUGAGAAUUCUCAUAGUUCCUAUAAUUAUUCUUCAGCAGUUGUGUAUGAUUUCUGUUUUACUGAAAAAAAUGACUUGUUGUUUGUUUUGUAUGUCCCUGAUCUACUAUCGUACAGUAUUCUUCAAUUAUCAUCUGAUGGAAAAUUUUGUCUUGUACCUGUUUUUUAUCACCAUUGUAUAGCCGAUGUGUAUCAACCGAAACUUAGUUCUUGGUUUACCGCGUUAAGUCAUUGUACGAGGAAAUUGUCAUCAAUAUCUCAACCAGUUUGUAUUUUGGGUAUUCAUUUCAGUCCAUCAUCAAUGGAACUUAUCGGUUAUCUUAUACUUACAAAUAACAGUGAUGGACAUCCUGUAAAUGAUCAUAUAUCAGAACAAAUUAUGUUCGGCAAGUUAAGUCAGAUUGCAUAUUCAAGCGGACCAGUUAAACCUUGUUCUAAGCUUUUAUUAACUAUAUCGGAUAAACGGCCUAAUUUUCUGAUUUUUUCCAUUUUAGUAAAAAGCUGUUCAGAAGAUUCAUCGCCCACUUUUUAUUUUGCUAUGGGUGUUGUAUCUGUAGACAGUAGACCUCGUGGGUCUGUGAUACGAUUAAUUCCUAUGUGCACAGAUCAACAUGAUUCAUGUAAUUUAGAAUUGAACUGGAGCUUAUUCAGCUCACCCAGUAUUCCACAAAGUCAAUGCUUGUUAAGGUUUACUUCGUCUUCUGAAAAGAAAACUCUAAUUGUUAGUUCAUGGUCUGUGGAUAAACUAGCUACAUAUUCUCGUGAGACUUCGUCUGAUGUAAUGAAGAUUACUUGCUUCAGCCUACCAGAAGUCAAUAAUCGAUUAAGUUUACUCAUUUUGUAUCAUUCAGGUAGCAUUUUAUUCAAUCAAAUUUGUACUUUUUAUUUUACUCGUGAUGUAAAUAAAGUUGUACAGUUACGCAGUUCGUAA